AUGGAGGUGACGGCGGACCAGCCGCGCUGGGUGAGCCACCACCACCCCGCGGUCCUCAACGGGCAGCACCCGGACACGCACCAUCCGGGCCUCGGCCACUCCUACAUGGAGCCGGCGCAGUACCCCCUGCCCGAGGAGGUGGAUGUACUUUUUAACAUCGACGGUCAAGGCAACCACGUUCCAUCGUAUUACGGAAACUCGGUCAGGGCCACGGUGCAGAGGUACCCUCCGACCCACCACGGGAGCCAGGUAUGCCGCCCGCCUCUGCUGCACGGAUCCCUGCCCUGGCUGGACGGUGGCAAAGCCCUGGGCAGCCACCACACCGCCUCGCCCUGGAACCUCAGCCCCUUCUCCAAGACGUCCAUCCACCACGGCUCCCCGGGACCCCUGUCGGUCUACCCCCCGGCCUCAUCCUCCUCCCUGUCGGGGGGCCACGCCAGCCCGCACCUCUUCACCUUCCCGCCCACCCCGCCGAAGGACGUCUCCCCGGACCCGUCGCUGUCCACCCCGGGCUCAGCCGGCUCGGCCGGCCAGGACGAGAAGGAGUGCCUCAAGUACCAGGUGCCGCUGCCCAACAGCAUGAAGCUCGAGUCGUCACACUCCCUCGGCAGCAUGACCACCUUGGGAGCCGCCUCGUCGUCGGCCCACCACCCCAUCACCACCUACCCGCCCUACGUGCCCGAAUACAGCUCCGGACUCUUCCCCCCCAGCAGCCUGCUAGGGGGCUCCCCCACCGGCUUCGGGUGUAAGUCGAGGCCCAAGGCGCGAUCCAGCACAGAAGGCAGGGAGUGUGUGAACUGCGGGGCGACCUCGACCCCACUCUGGCGGCGAGAUGGCACCGGCCACUACCUUUGCAAUGCCUGCGGGCUCUACCACAAAAUGAACGGACAGAACCGGCCCUUGAUUAAGCCCAAGCGAAGGCUGAUUAACAGACCCCUGACUAUGAAGAAGGAAGGCAUCCAGACCAGAAACCGAAAAAUGUCUAGCAAAUCCAAAAAAUGCAAGAAGGUGCACGAGGCGCUGGAGGACUUCCCCAAGAGCAGCUCGUUCAACCCGGCCGCCCUGUCCAGACACAUGACCUCCCUGAGCCACAUCUCCCCCUUCAGCCACUCCAGCCACAUGCUGACCACACCCACGCCGAUGCACCCACCGUCCAGCCUCUCCUUUGGACCUCACCAUCCUUCCAGCAUGGUCACUGCCAUGGGUUAGAACCUCACCCGAUGGGUACAGGGCUCUGUGCGUGAGUCCCGCCAACCCCUCUACUUGCGUUUUUGCAGGAGCAGUAUCAUGAAGCCUAAAGCAAUGGAUAUAUGUUUUUGAAGGCAGAAAGCAAAAUGGUGUUUGCCACUUUUGCAGAGGAGCUCACUGUGGUGUCUGUGUUCCAACCACUGACUCUGGAUCCCAUUUGUGAAUAAGCCAUUCAGACUCAUAUUCCCUAUUUAACAGGGUCUCUAGUGCUGUGAAAAAAAAAAUGCUGAACAUUGCAUAUAACUUAUAUUGUAAGAAAUAUUGUACAUUUGAGGAAGGGACUUCAUUGCAUCUGGGUAGCUAUAAGAAAGGCAUGAAGGACGCCAAGAGUUUUAAGGAAAAUGAGGGAAAUAAAGUGUGGAGAUUAAGAAGAAAAUAGGUCUGAUAUCCAAAUGGAUGAAUUGCCAGUUUUGUUUCCUUUCACUGGCCACAGUUGUUUGAUGCAUUAAAAGUUAAAAGAAAAAAAGAAAAAAAAAAAGAAAAAAAAAGAAAAAAGAAAAAAAAGUCAUAGGCAAAUCAUUCGUUCAAAGCUGUGGGUCUUUGCAAAGGAAAUAUUAGUUUCGGGCAGUCAGUGCUGACACUCAAGAUUGCCGUGGAGGGUUUCUGAGAGCCUUUUCCUGGGCCCACAUGCUUUGUGAACAAGCCUCUGUAAUUGUUGUUUGUAUGUAUAAUUCAAAGCACCAAAAUAAGAAAAGAUGUAGAUUUAUUUCAUCAUAUUAUACAGACUGAAUUGUUGUACAAAUUUAUUUACUGCUAGUGUUAAGAACUGCUUUUUUGUUUUGUUUUGUUUUAAUAUUUUCCUUCUCUCUCAAUUUUUGGUUGAAUAAACUAGAUUAUAUUCAGUUGGCCUAAGGUGGUUGUGCUCUGGAGGGUUUAUUUCACAUUUUGUUUUUGGAUGAUAUUUAUUAAAUAGCUUCUAAGGGUACAGCGGCAUCUGUCUUCUUACUUCUCCCGCAGCCUGUGCUCUGAGGGUAGCAGCAUAUGAGCUACUGACCUGCAUGUCGGCGACCCUGGCCGGACAGGUCUCGGCCUGGGAGCAGCCUGGCUGCCCGUUAUUCCUGUCCUGCUCUGUGUUAGUGAUCACUGCCUUUAAUACAGUCUGUUGGAAUAAUACUAUACAACUCAUGAAAUAAAGUUGAAAUAUUUUAAAACAA